AGAUAGACGUUCGGUGUGACGUCAUAGCAUCGCGCCGUUCGGAUUAGCUUUCCGGUAGGGGAGAAUGGGCUCUGUGGGCUUUUAAACAGCAAACAAGGACUGCGGACUGCGUUAAGAAAAUCGGGAGUUUUCCCGCUAGAUACGGGAUUGUUGGGCGGUAUGUUAUAUGUCUACACAUGAGGCGAAAUCAUUAAACGCACAAAAAUACCCUGAAUGGAUGCUCCGUGCUAUCUACGAACCGAUUUCAGUCUUAAAGACCAUAAUAUAAGCUGACAUGGAUUCUCUUGACUCUAUGCUCACCGACCCUCUGGAUCUGGGGCCUUGUGUGGAAAGCAAUGGAACGGGUAUCAUGGAAGAAUGCAUGCUGGGAGGGACAAGAGUCAGUCUUCCGGAAGACCUCUUAGAGGACCCAGAACUAUUUUUUGAAGUGGUCAGUAGGGAUACCUGGAAAAAUGUUCUCUCCGAUUCCCAACGUGAACACCUCAAGCAGUUUUUGCCUGUCUUUCCUGAUGAUAAUGCUAAUCAGCAAGAAAAAAUUAUCCAGUCUUUAUUCAGAGGGGAUAAUUUCCGCUUUGGUAAUCCAUUGUACAUUGCUCAGAAACUUUUUCGUGAUGGGCACUUUAACCCAGAAGUUGUAAAGUAUCGUCAGCUUUGCCUCAAGUCCCAGUACAAGCGCUAUCUGACAUCUCAGCAACAGUAUUUCCACAAGUUACUUAAGCAGAUAUUAGCAUCUCGAAAGGAGCUACUGGACCUUGCUAGUAAAAAUGGCCCAGACCUAUUAAUGAAAAGAAAGCCAUCCUCUCUAAGGAACAGCCCCGAGGAGAGAGAAAGAAGAGCACAGCGACGUUACCUUAAAAUUCUGAGAGAGGUGAAAGAUGAGUGUGGAGAUGGUACUUUGUCUUCUGAAGAAGAAGAUUUGAGUUCCUGGCUACCAGAGUCUCCCACACACUGUCCAAGCGGAGCUGUCCCUCUCAGAGUUAUACCAACCCUUUCUACACAAGACAUGAAAACUGCUGAUAAACAGGAAUUUACUAACCAUGACUUGAAGCUGCUUUUAAGAAGGCAUCGGGAGAAGAGGAAACAUCAAGAGGAUCAUCCUGAUCUCAUGACAGAUGAUUUAACAAUGAAUGAUAUAAUGACAAGAGUAAACGCUGGCCGAAAAGGGUCACUUGCAGCACUUUUUGACCUGGCCACAAUGAAAAAGCGAGGGAAAGAGAAAGAUGACAAGAAGAAAAAGAAGCUUAAAACUAUUAAAACAGAAGUGGAAGAUUACCCUGACAUGCCAGAUGUGCCUGACAAUAUGCCUGCACUUCUGCCUCCUGAGACACCUCAAGUAACUUUGACUGCUGUGAAGGAAGAACCAUUGGAAGAUGUGAAACCUCCCCUUCCCUUUAAUGAAAUCUCAGCAUGUUUUUUCUGUCUUCUCUUGGAUAUUCUCACAAUGGAAGGGCCCUGUAGCCUCCCGCUGCUUGAAGACAAAGUAUCUGAUUGGCAGUCCUCACCAGCUAGUACAUUAAACAGCUGGUUCUCUACAGCCCCAAACUGGUGUGAUUUGGUGCACCCUGCUCUUGUUUAUCUGAGUGGAGAGUGCAAAGGGGCAUCUUGCAGUUUUACUCCAUUUGUAGAGUUUAGAGAGAAAACUCAGCAAUGGAAGUGUGUUGUUUCUUCCAGUGACUCUGAGAAAGAACUAGUGGCUCAUUUUCACCUCUGGCUGGAAACAAAGGAUCAGAUAUAUAGCAAGGAAAAUGAAGAUAGUAUUGAUGCAAGCACUCCUAUUCCAAGGGUGAGGACUGAUUACAUUGUACGACCAAGCUCUGGGGAGGAGAAACAUGUAUUUCAGGAGCAGGUGAGCAGAUCAGAGUCCGACAGGGAGCGACACCGCUACAUUCAGCCUCAUAAGGCGUUCACAUUUCGUAUGCAUGGAUUUGAAUCUGUUGUGGGACCCGUUAAAGGGGUGUUUGACAAAGAGACAUCUCUAAAUAAAGCUCGAGAACACUCGCUACUGCGAUCAGAUCGUCCAGCUUAUGUUACUAUUCUCUCCCUUGUUCGGGAUGCUGCAGCUCGUCUGCCAAAUGGUGAAGGGACACGUGCAGAAAUCUGUGAGCUGCUGAAAGAUUCCCAGUUCCUUGCACCUGAUGUUACCAGUGCUCAGGUUAACACAGUUGUGAGUGGUGCUCUGGACAGGCUGCACUAUGAGAAAGAUCCCUGUGUGAAAUAUGACAUAGGACGCAAGCUGUGGAUAUAUCUUCAUCGAGAUCGCAGUGAAGAAGAGUUUGAACGUAUUCACCAAGCUCAAGCAGCUGCAGCAAAGGCCAAAAAAGCUCUCCAGCAGAAGCCAAAGCCCCCGACCAAGAUGAAAUCUGGUAGUAAAGAAUGCUCGUUAAAGUUAUGUGGGACACCAGAACCAGUGCAGCUAAACCUCACUGAGUCUAGCAUGCCUCCUACACCAGGUACUCCUGGUACCCCAACAACACCAGCAUUCCCCUCAACCCCCAUGUCUCCAUCUAUAUCCACCGCUGUUAACAAGAUAGUGGCAAGUACGAUUACAGAGACGCCAAAAUCUAGUCAAAGUGUUCUCCUGGUAUCCUCUCCAACAAUGCCACAGCUUAGCACCUUGCUGUCUUCAGCUGUGACCAGCCAAUCAACUUCUGUCACUCAGACAUCAGGGAGGACAGCCACUAUAUCCUCAUCUUCAGGCGUUCCUCAAGUGAGAAUAGUGACAGCUUCUACUGGUGUCCCUACCACACAGCCAACUGCAGUAGUAACUCAGCCCCUUUCACCAGUGGUUUCACACAUCAAAUUGCCAGUCACAACAACAGCCACCAAGGCACUGGCUCAGACUCAGGUGGUAACAGUGCCAGUGAAAAACCAGGUCACUAUUGGUGCUUCUCGUCCUGGGUUAUCAGCAACUACUCACGGAGGUGUCACAGUUACAGCAUUAAAUUCUUCUGCUGGAUUAGCAUCAAAGCCAGUGGUUAGUUCUUCAGGUGGCUCAGGUUCAGCAAUACUUCAGAGCAUUACUGGACAAAGUAUCAUCAAACAGGUGGCACUAUCUGGGCAGCUUGGAGUGAAAGCACAGCCUUCCUCAAGCCUCCCACUCUCUUCUACCAAUUUUCGCAUUCAGGGUAAGGAUGUCCUACGUCUUCCACCUUCUUCUAUCACCACAGAUGCCAAGGGCCAGACAAUUUUGCGUAUCACACCUGAUAUGAUGGCAACACUUGCUAAAUCUCAAGUCACUGCUGUCAAAUUGUCACAAGAACUUUUUUCUGCUGCACCUGUUGUAAGCACCUCAGGAAAGGGUCUCUUACAUGUGACAUCCAACCCGUCGUCACCUUCUCCACCUGCUCCACCUCCUAUCAAGAUUACACCUGAGAUUAAACCUGCAGAAACAAGCACUUCUAGUUUCAGACUGAUGCCAGCUCUUGGAAUAUCUGUUGCUGAGCAAAAAGGCAAAGUAGUGACGACUGGUGAAAGUAAACCAGCAACAACAAUACGGAUAGUGCAAGGACUUGGGGUUGUGCCUCCUAAGGCAUCUGCAACACAGAGUAUUACAGUCUCCGCAAAACCAGUUACCCUUCCUUCUUCAACUGUUGUGAACCCUGUUCAUUCAGUCUCAAAUAUCAGCCUUCCAACAGUGAGCAACACAGCGGUAAAAGCUGCACCUUCCGGCAUUGUUGUGGGAACUGGAGCUGCUACAGUGAGACAGAUUCCUGUUACUACAACUCAGCAGGGUAAACUACCAGCACGUAUCACUGUACCCUUGUCUGUGCUCAGUCAGCCCAUGAAAGGAAAGAGUGUUGUAACUACACCUAUCAUCAAAGGAAACUUGGGAGCAAAUAUAAGUGGAUUGGGCCGCAACAUAAUAUUAACAACUAUGCCAGCUGGUACAAAACUGAUAGCGGGUAACAAGCCUGUGAGCUUCUUGACUGCACAACAACUCCAACAGCUGCAGCAGCAGGGUCAGGCCACACAGGUACGUAUUCAAACUGUUCCAGCGACACACCUUCAGCAAGGCACUUCUUCUAAAGCUGUGUCAACUGUCGUCGUUACAACCACUCCCACAACCAAACCAACCCAGGAGCCACAGUAAUAAAAAGCUCAUAUAUCAUUGCUGAGCUUGUGAGAUCCAUAAUCCCUGAUACGUUCCCAAUUAGACCAGUCUUGUGGCCACAGAAAGAUCAGUUGUGAGCUGGAUUAUCAUAUAUCUGCCAUGUCCGCAAGCUGCCUGCUUUCAUAUAGUUAUUUCCUUCCACCAACCAUGUACCAGUUCACACAGUUUUAACUGAUCAGAAGAUGCCAUUGCCUUAUGGACUGGUUCAUUUCUAAAGAAUGUUCUGCUUAUAGGAAUCAAACCUCCUCUGCCAAGUUCAAUGGAGUCUUCUGGUGUUUGUAAGAUUAUUCUGCACCCUAAAUGUCUUCUAAAAUUUGUUUAAUAGCCUUGUGAAAAGUCUAACAGGAGUACAAACUCCACUGUCAAAUGAAAGAAAAUACGUUUUUGUGUAUGUCAAAUGAAUUUUGUUUUAUUUUAUGCUGUCGAAGCAAAAGAUGAGAAAAAAAUAUAUUUAAUGUAUAUGCUUCCUUCUCCCAAUUGUUAAAUAUAUUUAAAACAGAUGUUUUCUGUUGUUCAUUUUAA